AUGAACCCCUCUGUUGUGGCUGCCCACAAGAGGAUUGGACUUCUCCAAAAGUUCAACAAAUGGCAAGGGAAAGCCAUUGAGAAGAUGCAAAAGUCCAUGGACAAGAUGGUGAGCAAGAUCAAAAGUUUGGAGAAGAAGGUUUCUGGUUCUUCAAGCAAGAAGAAGAAGUCCAAGGCCCCCACUUUCCCUAGGAGUAGGUCACUCCUCACCACCAAGGAGGCUCCCUACCCAAGAGCCUCACAGAGCCUCUUCUUUCGAGCCAAGGGAAGGAGAAGACAACACGCAGAGAAGGAGGAAGACUUCCAAGGCCAGACGCUCCAGCUCGACCACCGGACUCGAUCGAGUCCAAACAGAGGAAACUCAACUCGAUCGAGCUGA